AUGUAUGGAAAACUUAAUAAUCCACAUAAAUUGCAUAAGGAAAUUAAGAGCAUAUGGCAAGAAUAUGUUGAACACACCUUCAAAGAUCAAACGCGUCAUGCUUUGCUGGCGGAAAAUACCACUAACUCUCCAUAUCUACCAAUAUUGUUAGAAGAAGUUGAAAAAGCAGUUGAAGAACUUGGAGUGCGUAAAGCCUGUGGAGAAGAAGGAGUUUUUGGUGAAUAUUUAAAGUGUUUGGAUUCAAGUAGCAUACGUGAACUUCAAAAUUUAUGUAAUGAAAUGUAUCAGACAGAAGAUGUUCCUAAAAUACUACUUGAAUCAAACUUUAUUUUAUUGCCAAAGAAAAUUAACGCUAACGAAUGUUCGGACUACAGAACUAUCACUCAAGUUACAACUGGGUGUGGCAACACUAAGAAUAUCAGAAUUGAAAAAGGUGUUCGCCAGGGAUGUGUUCUUUCUCCAAUAUUUUUCAAUGUUUAUGCCGAGUACAUCAUCAACGAGGCUAUAGAAAAAUUGGAUAUUGGUGUUAAAUUUAACGGAGUUCGAGUGAAUAAUCUGAGAUACGCAGACGACACAGUAUUAUUGAGUUCUAGUGAAGUAGAAUUGCAAACUCUCAUUUCCAAGGUGGCUGCAGUUAGCGAACAGCAUGGCUUAAAACUUAACAUUAAAAAAACAUCGUGUAUGGUAUUUAGUAAAGAUCCUAUGCAGCUUAACGCUGGAGUUCAAGAGGAAGAAAAAGAACAACAUGGCUUUCUACAAUUAAAAGAUUCACAAAUAUCACCAACAUUUAUGAAUUAA